GACCAAUAAUCGAGCAGUAGUAUAGAAAACACAAAAAGAUUGGAAUCUUCAAGUUUACCUUCACCCCCACACUCAUUGUCAAUCAUUUACCCCUAAGCCUAUUGUUUAUACCACACCAAAUACCAGUUUACAAAUGGAUAAUCCAGUUGCAGAAGUCGAAGAGGUCAUCAGAUCAGUGACUGAGCCUUACCCUGCUUCAGUCUUGGCCGCGAAUGUCGAGAAAUACUUCACCGAGGAUGCGGUCUUACGUCACCCUUUUCUCGUGGCCAAAGGUCGAGAAGCCAUUAAGGGAAUAUACAAGAUAGUUCGAGUACAGACUGUGAACCAAAAGAUUGAUUUUCAUGCGGUGAUGUUCAACGAAGAUAAAACUCAAAUCACCAUUGAUUUGACCGAACACAUGAAUACUAGGCUUUGCUCAUACCGUUGUAGCCGUGUAUCAAUUCGUUUACUUGUUCGUCUACAUCUAGUACAAGGUACAGAUCGAAAAUACCGAAUUCGAAAACAAGAAGAUAAUUUUUCAUCAGACACAGGAGUGGUUGGAAUACUAUUACCAUUCAUGCCUGGGUUUAGUCUUCUAGGAUCAUUGGUUAGAGUUCUUAUUGGGUUUGGAAUAGGAAAGAUAGGUCGAUUUUUGCUUUCUAGAGGAUGGCUUGGUCAAUGAUGGUUAAGUAUACCCUAGGAUGAUACUUCUCAAUCUUGGUUUUGAGAGAUCAUCGGAUUGUUUGAGGGAUUCUUUUCCUUUUUUGACUAUACCCUUUGGUGUUUGUCUUGAUAGUAUGAGUGGGUUUUUGUACGGACGCUUUUGUUCAAGAAACUCUACAUAUGUCUAUGCUCGAAAAGAUGACGUGGGCCGGUGAAGGCUUAACCAACAAAUGGUGAAUGAUCUUUCUUACCUGAAUAUGGGAUUCACAAGUUGCCUUCUUUGUGGUCCUUUGAAUCCCGUGCUUUUGACUCUCAGCAUUCUUCUCUUAAGUUUUCUAUGAAUCUGUAAAAGUCUUCCCAAGGGUAUGGAUCUGAUCAUCACCUGAGGCUGUGUCCAACAUUUAUCUUCUUCUCAAUCAAAAGCAGUUCUCUUCUACUAAAUGAUGUUCUUGUUUUAACGUGUGUGUGAUGCUUGAUCAU